AUACAUCGAAAGCACAUAUACACAUAAGUCAUAGCAAUUCAUAUAACAAAGCUAUGGAGAAUGAUAUGGAUGAGAAGUUUGAAGAUUGGAAAGGUAAAGAGGCAAUCUCUGGCAAACAUGGUGGGAUAAGAGCUGCAUCAAUUGUUUGUGUUGUGGUGAUGAUGGAGAACAUAGUGUUCAUAGCUAAUGGAUUCAAUUUCGUGAAAUACUUCAUGGGAUCGAUGCAUUAUUCACCAGCCACAGCAGCAAACAUGGUCACUAAUUUUAUGGGAACAUCGUUUUUACUCACUCUUUUUGGUGGUUUUAUCGCUGACUCUUUCCUCACUCAUUUCCCAACUUUCAUCAUCUUCUGUUGCAUUGAACUCAUGGGAUUGAUCUUGUUGACGUUCCAAGCUCAUAACCCUAAGUUACUACCCGAUAAAGGUAAGACACCUUCAACUCUUCAAUCAGUGAUUCUUUUCACAGGACUCUAUGCGAUGGCUACUGGUACGGGCGGUAUAAAGGCCUCGUUGCCCACUCACGGAGGCGAUCAAAUUGACAGAAGAAAUCCAAGACUGAUCUCAAGAUUCUUCGAUUGGUUAUACUUCUCUAUAUGCUUUGGAUGCCUCUUGGCCGUAACCGUUGUGUUGUGGAUCGAGGAGAAGAAAGGGUGGAUGUGUAGCUUCGAUAUAUCGGUUGGGAUUCUAGCGAGUGCGCUCUGUAUUUUUACGGUAGGGCUACCGUUUUAUCGGUUCAAGCGUCCUAAUGGAAGUCCGUUGAAAAAGAUUGCAAUUGUGAUUAUUUCUGCCGCAAGAAACCGAAAUAAAUCUGAUUUGGAUGAAGAGAUGAUGCGAAGUCUUAUCCCUUCUGACAAGAACUUUGGUCACAACAAGUUAAAGUGGAUAGAUAAAGCAAUGUUGAACAAAAACAUCUCAGAAACAGAAGUUGAGGAAACAAGAACGUUUUUGGGUCUUUUACCAAUCUUUGGUAGCACAAUUGUCAUGAGCUGUUGCGUGGCACAACUAUCUACCUUCUCUGCACAACAAGGAAUGCUCAUGAACAAGAAACUCUUUCACUCUUUCGAGAUCCCCGUACCUUCCCUCAACGCCAUUCCUCUCAUCUUCAUGCUCUUUUCAAUACCUUUAUACGAAUUCUUUGGAAAAAAGAUCUCAUUAGGCAACAACAAUAGAUCAUCAAGCUUCAAUUUGAAACGCAUUGGACUCGGCCUAGCUCUCUCCUCUGUUUCGAUGGCGGUUGCUGCCAUCGUGGAGGUCAAGAGGAAACAUGAAGUGGUUCAUAACAACUUCAGAAUCUCGGUUCUGUGGCUAGUGUUUCAGUAUCUGAUGCUAAGUGUCUCUGAUAUGUUGACUUUAGGAGGGAUGCUAGAGUUCUUCUAUAGAGAAGCUCCGUCGAACAUGAAGAGUAUAAGCACGGCUUUGGGAUGGUGUUCAACCGCGUUAGGUUUCUUCCUUAGCACAACUCUUGUGGAGGUCACAAAUGCCGUCACCGGAAGGCUUGGCCAUCAAUGGCUAGGUGGGGAAGAUCUCAACAAGGCAAGGCUUGAACUUUUUUAUACGUUUUCCGGCGAUAAAACUUACCCUCACUGCCUUGACCUCCCUCAACUCAAAGCCUUCCUACACUAUUCCUACGAUGCCUCCAACACAAGUCUCGCCGUCGUCUUCUCUGCUCCGCCGGCAAAGCCUGGUGGAUGGAUUGCGUGGGCGAUUAAUCCAACGGCUACCGGUAUGGUCGGAUCUCAAACCCUUGUCGCUUACAAGGAUCCAGGUAAUGGUGUUGCCGUCGUGAAGACGCUAAACAUUAGCUCCUAUAGUUCGCUGAUUCCGUCGAAAUUGGCGUUUGAUGUUUGGGAUAUGAAAGCCGAGGAGGCCGCGAGGGAUGGAGGAACUUUGAGAAUCUUUGCAAGGGUUAAGGUUCCGGCUGAUUUGGUGGCAAAGGGAAAGGUUAAUCAGGUUUGGCAAGUUGGUCCUGAAUUAGGUCCUGGUGGAAUGAUUGGGAGGCACGCUUUCGACCCGCCGAAUCUCGCUUCUAUGGGCUCUCUCGAUUUAAAAGGUGACAACAGCGGUGGUACAAUCUCUGGAGGCGGCGAGGUAAAUGCCAAGAUCAAGAACAGAAAUAUUCAUGGGAUAUUAAACGCGGUGAGUUGGGGAAUUUUGUUUCCGAUAGGAGCAAUAAUAGCCAGGUACAUGAGAGUAUUUGAAUCAGCCGAUCCGGCCUGGUUUUACCUCCAUGUGUCUUGUCAAUUCUCUGCUUAUGUCAUCGGUGUUGCCGGUUGGGCCACCGGACUCAAGCUAGGCAACGAGUCCGCGGGUAUUCGCUACUCCGCCCACCGUAACAUCGGCAUUGCCCUCUUCACCCUUGCCACCAUUCAGAUGUUUGCGAUGUUGUUGCGGCCUAAGAAAGAUCACAAGUACAGAUUCUAUUGGAAUAUCUACCACCAUGGAGUCGGCUAUGCGAUCCUCAUCCUCGGGAUCAUUAAUGUCUUCAAAGGUCUCAACAUCUUGAAACCACAAGACACGUACAAGACGGCUUACAUUGCAGUGAUUGCCAUUCUUGGAGGCAUUGCUUUGCUCUUAGAAGCCAUCACUUGGGUCAUUGUACUCAAGAGAAAAUCAAACAACUCAAUGAAGCCUCUUAGGACCUAAGCCAACAAAGAUCUGGACAACUCAUUAAAGGUUCAUCUCCAGUUGUUGUUAUUAAUUUAUUAUGAACUCUUGUAUUAUUAAUGUAUAGAACAAGAGUAUCACAUGUAUUAUUAUUCUCUUGUUUUGUAGCUUUUGGUUUUGUUUCUUGAGUUUUAUUCUUGGGUUAUGAAUUUUUUUUGUAGAGAGUAAGUUUUUCGAAAUAGUUCCUAUUCUACUUUGAAUCAAUGAUUUUUUUUCAG